AUGGAGACACCAAGGCGUCCAGCCAAGACUUCGGAGUUGGUGGCAUGUAUGGACAACACAGUGAUGGCAAGAAUCAAGUGCAACCACACCCUGUCCAAUAAAUCAUCACCUGUAAACCAUUCGACAACACCAAACAUAAAUGCAACAAAUUCGACCAACGCACAAGUUCCAGCAACAAUUCAUCCACUGCCGGAGGCACAACACAACAACUCAACGUCAGCCUCGAACACGAACAACAGUUCCUCGGUGCAGGUCCAGGACGGAGGCGAUAACCAGACGAGUAGUACUACAAAUAAUGGAGACACCAAGGCGUCCAGCCAAGAUUUUGGAGUUGGUGGGAUGUAUGGACAACACAGUGAUGGAACAAUUAGCCGAACUCGAAGCUGCCUUUGCAAAAUCUCACUACCCAGAUAUAUAUUGCAGGGAGGAAUUAGCACGGACAACAAAAUUGAAUGA